GCAUAAUCUGAGAGACGGCGCCUGGAUCCCCGAGAGGCAGAUGCCGCCUUGGAAUUGCCAGACUGUGGGGUUAUCACGACUUGUCCCCAUGAUCCUGCUUCUGGGCCUAUGGCUUCUCUGUGGGGGAAAGGCGAGAGUUUGGGGAAGAGCUAUAGGAAUGAUGCAAGGUCUGGAACAGCUGCCUGACAGUGAGAGGCUGGCGGAGCUCAGUCUGGUUAGCUGAUGGGAGAGAAGGUUAAAAGGUUCGCUUGCUGCAAGCCAGGAAAUGUGUAGCUCUCCAGGCAGUCUCCCUGCCCCGCGGCUGUUUCUGGACAGACUGUCAGCUCGUCAAGGGGACACGGCCUUGCUGUCAUGUUUAGUCCCUGUGGACGCCCCCAUGACCCGCAUUGUCUUCUGCAAAGAUGGGAAGGAGAUUUCUGUCCAGCCCAAGGGAGGAAAUACACUCGUCUACGAUUCACCCUACACAGUGUCCAGGGAGAGCGCAGGGGCCUUUUCCUGUCGCUACCAGCUCAAGGAUGACAAUAACCAGGAGAACAAUUCUCUCCCGAGUGACCUCUGGUACCUACAUGUGGCCGGUGACGAUGGCUCUGGAGGGGGCACAUCACCCCAAGGAAAGCGAGCCAUUGUGGGACUCGCCCUCACGACCAGCUUGGCUCUGGCGCUGCUGGGCUGUUUUCUCAUGAGGACAGUUGUGUCGCGCUGCAGGACUCACAGGGAUCCUGGCCCAGACCGGAGCAGCCCAGACUCUGGAGAUCAGAUCCAGUACACCGUGGUCACCGGAGCCCGCGCUGACCAGCAGCCCAGACUGGACGGGGACGUGGCUGUGACGUACGCGGUGGUAGGAAAAGGCAGCUCUCGAGGGCGGGACACCAGGACGGCUCCGUAGCACUGGGAUUCCCAAUGCCCCACAAGCCUGCAUGAGCCCCACACGCACUGCCAGCCUAAGCAGAGCCCCAGGAAGGAGACGGUGAUGGAGCCUGUUUACCAGCCAGCAAGAAACAACGUUUGGGUCAAUCGAUGACACAGGGGAAGCUCAGACUCUUCUUGGGCAGUGGAAGCCGGGUGUGGCCAAGGACAGGUUUCGUGUCACACCUCGUUAUUCUAGUUACGGCAGAACCUUCCUGGCCGAAGUUCCCACCCCAGAGGCCUGCACAUCAAAUCCGCUCAGGGACUGUGCAUGCAGAGCGACAGGCAGUGACAAGUCAUUUGCACAGGCAGCUCCCUGAUGUGCACACCUGGUUGUGGGAAAUGCAAAUGAAGGGUCCCAAAUGAGUUCAACAUGUGGACCCAAAAGACUCCUGCAUUUACUGAAUGUCCAGGAAGUAGAUGUUGAACCAGAUCUCUCUGGUGCCAGCCUCACGGUAGGGGUGGGGCAGCGCGGGGAUGCGUGUGUGGGUGGAGCUGUGCCAGCAACACUCUGUGAUGCUGCUAUUGGAGGAGGAUGUUCCAGGGUCUGUGUUGAGCCUCUGAGCACAUGCAAGAUAAACAAGGCGGCAGAUUUUGGA